CGGGGGGCGGCGGUGGCAGCUGCAGUGGCAGCAGCGGCAGCAGUGACGGCGGCGGCGUGCGAGCGGGAGCUGCCGGUAGGCAGCGGCUGUGGCCCGGCAGUUCUCGGGGAGCUCGCCGAGGAGAGCGGUAAGCUACACGCGCAACGGAAUGGAGUAACGCUGUGUGCCGCAUCGAAGUUGAAGAGGUUAAUUCCCGUCAGCGCCGAGGCUUGCAGGGAAAUGAGCUGCUAUAGGCAAAAGAGCAGAACAUCUGCCCACUCUGCAAAGGCAUUGCCCAUGGAAACUAGGAAAGCUAGUGCUGGAAAAGUGUGUGGGGAUUCCUCUGAUUCUGUUUUUUGAGGAUAUUUAAAACAUCAAAUUGCACAGCUCAAAGUAGAACUCUUCUGUGACCUUCUCACUCCAAGGGCGUGCAUUCAACGGAACCGAUCCAAGUUUCCAGCCAGGAAGAUGAACAUACUGAACAGCCACCACUUUCUGUACUUUCUGCCUACAACACGCCUUGUCAUCUUACUAGCAGCUUUGACAACUGCAGAGGAUGUGACUAACAGCACUUUCAACCGCACUGGCACGAGCGUGGGAUCUGUGCCGGUGGUAAUCUCCCGCAUCGACCAUAUUAUCGUCAAGGAGGGGAGUAGUGCCUUGAUCGACUGCAAUGUCCAUGGUAGUCCUAGUCCACAUUACAGAUGGUACAAUUCCAACGGCCGCCUGCUCCAAGAGGAAGAAAAUAAAGCAGGAAAAUGGUGGUUUCUUGACAAUGGGCUACUAAACAUUACCAGGGUGUCUUUUGAAGACAGAGGCAAAUACACGUGUGUCGCAUCUAAUAUGUACGGCAGUGCUAACAACACUGUGACGCUGAGGGUUGUCUUCACCUCUGGAGAUAUGGGAAUCUAUUACAUGAUUGUCUGCCUUGUAGCUUUUACCAUUGUUAUGAUCCUGAACAUUACUCGGCUGUGUAUGAUGAGCAGUCAUCUGAAGAAAACUGAGAAAGCAAUCAAUGAAUUCUUCAGAACGGAAGGGGCAGAGAAACUCCAGAAGGCCUUUGAGAUUGCAAAACGUAUCCCAAUUAUCACUUCAGCCAAAACACUCGAGCUUGCCAAAGUAACCCAGUUCAAGACAAUGGAAUUUGCUCGCUAUAUUGAGGAGCUUGCUCGGAGCGUACCUUUGCCACCUCUCAUCAUGAACUGCAGGACUAUAAUGGAAGAAAUUAUGGAAGUUGUUGGUCUGGAGGAGCAAGGACAGAAUUUUGUGCGGCAAACAGCAGAAGGCCAGGAAACCACUGAAACAGAUGAGCUGUACAUGAUCCCAAACGCUUUGAAGCGCAGUGACUCUCCCACAGCUGACUCUGAUGUAUCGUCACUGCAUGAGCCACCUCAACAGAUUGCAAUAAAAGUGUCAGUUCACCCAUUGUCCAAAAAUGAUUGCAUGGACGGUCAGUCACAAGAAAGCAUGCAGCUGGACACCAAGGAAGAAGACACUCCUCAAACACCAGCACUUCCUGCAGAGCCCCCUCCUGAGCCUUCUGCUGAAUUGAGUUCUGAUGACACAGCAUUGGCAAAUGACAAAAAUACCUGUGUUAUAUAUGAAAGCCAUGUAUGAUAGUUACUCCUGAAUCUAUGCAUAGCAGGAAAAUCAGGUGGAGCUCUUUUAAAAAUACAUAUUGUACUUGCCGCUAAGCCUUACCUGGAGACUAUCAUAACAAAAGCAUGUAUGUGGGUUUUUUGGCACUUUCUUCUCAGUUUGACUUUAUUUUACCAUGAUGUAUGGCAGAGUAAUUGCUAUUACAUUAAUAUUAAUUGCUCUUUUUAUUAGGAGUAUUUCCAAGAAACAUUUACCUCAGCAUUUUCUAGGUUGGAGUCACCUGCAGUGGCUUCCUGGAAGUUAUUGGGAGUCUUUGUUAUAGGACACUUGAACUUACUAAACAUAAAACAGGUUGUAAUUUUCAUCCUUCACUCUUAUUAUUUCCAUCUAUUGCAUUUUUUCAAAUAUCUUGUGAAUUUGAAAUAUUGCCCAAGAGGCAGCACUUUAGUAGCCAACUAAAAUCUUAAUAGAUCCCAUUUACAAAGCCUGUUUGCUCAGCUGCAUUGUGAUUUAGAGGGCUAUUAAAGAAAGUUAAAAUGUUUCCAUUUCAUUUGAGAUCACAAUGCUUAGGCACAUGGGAAAUAGUUUUCCCUUUCCACGGAAUGAUGAUGCCAACAGUUGUUUCUUUCACACUGAGAAACAACUUUGAGGUGUAUUUUACAAUUGGGAAAGCCUAUAAACAUCUUACAGAAAGCUGCAGUCCAACAGCACUGCAGGGUUUUUUCUGCAUUUGACCAUUUUUUACUUUUCCAGAAGUUUAUAUGGCAAACAGAUGCAAAUAUGCAAGAUGUCUCAUUUUGUAAUAAUUUGGUAGGAGUAAGUAUGCACUACCUGAUCAGAAGACAUGCAGGUUCCUUAAACCAGUAACCAGCUCAUGACAAGGCUGAAAUGGCAGAAGACCCUUUUUGUCAAAGUUCUCAAUUUUGUGCAGAUUCAUACCCUAAAGAGCAAACCUAAAUUCAUCAAUAAGUCUGAGAGUCUUUUAUCCAAACAAGCAAAGAAAAUAUUAUAAUCAAAUGUCUUGUGGAAUGACAAUGAUGAUCACACCAACUAUGUACCGUGUUAUAAUUACUUUGGUAUUUGAAGAACUUUCUCCCUUUGUAGGAUGUUCACUGCUCAAGUACAUGUGACUCUACCCCAGCACAGCUUUAAUGAUCACAGCAACUGUGGCAUUAAAAAGGAUCAAAAUUUAUGCCAGGAAACCCCAGGAGUGGGAGGGAAGCGAUAAUUUAUGUUGCAGACAAAAUAAAAAGGACCUUCUCCAGGGUCAGUUUGGAAAGAAAGCAUGCACAAGGAGGAGCUUGUGUAAGAUUGAUAGCCUAUUACUUAAUUACCUGGCACACGUUUAAUUUAGAACUAAUAAACAAACUAUUACUUUAUAGUUUAAGAAGGACUGUAGUGUAAAUAUACUCAAAUCUGGAAUCAAGUAUAUUAGAGAAAAGGAAGUCACUUAGGUCUCUUGGGAGGUGAUGCAUGGAUGGCUUUCUGGACAUUUUAUUGUAGUCACUUCUGAUGCAUUCCUGUGCGGACUACCCUAGGUGAUCCUGCUUUUGGCAGGGAGUUGGACUCAAUGAUUUCUCAAGGUCGCUUCCAAGUUCUAACAUUCUGUGAUUCUACAUAAGGUGUCCACUGGAGGCAAACAAGCUGUAUUAACUGCACAUCUAACUGAGACCAAAGUCAACAUUGCAGCUAUCUAAAAGAACCCUUGACACUGAACUGAGGCUUUGUGUCAACUUGCUCAUGUUAAAGUGCAGAGCUUCACGAGCAGUGUGAUACAGUAAUGCUCAGUGAGUUUCAGAAGCAAUGCAGGGAAGGCUGCAUAUUUACCUCUCUAUGGUUAUCUUUUAAAAUAUGCAUUUUUAAUAAUGGACUUCUGAUUUUGCAACCAGCUUGUGAAUAUGACAACAUUUAGUUGCCUGAGGUUUAUUUGUGCUCACUGCAGUGGCAGGCAUCUAUACGAAAUGCAUUUGCACAUGCCCAAAUGGAGGGCAAAGUCCUUUUAAGAAUGUGGCUGGAAAUAGUUCCAGCAAAGCAAUAUAAAUCUAGAAAACAGGGUAGGCUAAGGGAAUACUAUAAAGAACCUCAUUUCUGACCAGUGUGAUGGAAAAUUCUACUGAUGCAAACUGCUCAUUUCCUGUCUGAGUCCCAAGUACAUUUCUUCUUAAUGUUCACAUCAGUUUUUCAAGUUACUUAAUUUGAUUCCAAUAUGAAAAAGGAUGAGGGUAGAAGCAGGAACUUGCACUAAAUUCUUUUAACUCACCUUAACCACCUGAAAAGAGGCAUCUUGAUUUGUUUGCCUGCCCAGCAUUUGCAAACAAUGCUCUUGCAUUCUGAAGCUACCUGCCUGAUGCCCAACUAAGAUUGCACAGAGGAGCAAGGAUGUUUUCCUUGAAAGCAUAAAAACUAGUUUUAAAUUACACUUUAAAAUAUUCCAAACUUAUUUAUUAAACUACAAUAUUUUAAUUGCUUUUUAAUUAUGAAUUUUUAUGGUAGAGACCAGACCCCUUCAUGUAUUCAUAUAGGGAUUGUUACCAGGCAGUUCUGAUCCUGUCUGCUACCCCAAGCUGCCCUCCAGCCUGUCUAUUAUUCAUUUAUUGAGAAACAAUUGAAAGCAAACAAUCCCCAUGGUUUUCUUCAGUACUUCUGUGUCAACCUGCUAGAAGAUUGAGAUUAUGUUGUUUUCCAAAGGCUGCCCACAAAGGGGAUGUAUUGAAGUGCACGCGAAUGUACAUUGCAACCUGCCUAUGAGCAACAGCUGUUUGGAUCAGAUGCAUGUGUAGUUGUAGUGUUGAAUACCAGCUACUGUAAGCUCAAAAAGAAUUUGCAUAUGUUGGAGCUGGACUCAGAGCUUAGGGAUCACAGGUAGGACUGCUCCAGCCAGUCUGCUAUAGAUUCUUUGGACAUUUAGCUUUGUGGUAUUAGAAUAAAAGCAGAACAGCACUGUGUCUGAAGAAAAUACAGAUUGUAAUGGUUCUGGUAUCUUCUUCUGUUUUCAUAUAUGCUGCUCAGUAUCUUUAUGCAUCUAUUGUAUAACAUCUGUAAGCCUAAAACAUUUUACAAGUAUUGAGGUACAUCUGUUGUGGGAGAUAGAUGGGAAGCAAGAGCCAAACCCAUCUGUCCUGUUCCAGAAUUUCUGGCUAUGCUACUAUAAAGUAAACAAUUCUGUCUUGCAGUAUUUCUUAGGAAGUGACUCUUUUAUUUUAACAAAUAUAAAACUAAGAGUGGCUCUAAGAAAACAUUAACGUUUCCAUUGUUACGUAUUUUCAUGCACCUUAAGCACUUCAGGGAUGUAAGGCUGAUCUGUCCCCAUCAUUUGACUAUGCACACCUAUUGUUACAUUGUUGCAAACGCUAACAGUUCUUGAACCACCCAGAGUCUGGAAAAUCCAGUCCAACUGAAUUUGCAUUCCAAAGGCAUAAGGAACACCAAGCCAGGCUUAGAAAGGAAAAGAGAUUUGCAAGAUCUAUUUACACCAUAUUCAAAUAUUUUUGCCAAAACUUCAUGAAAUGUGACUAAAUUUCUGCAGCACAAGAAAUCAGUGUUGGAUUUGAAUUUUACACUUGCUAUUCUUCUUUACACUAAAUUCAGGCCAUAUUAAUCUGCACACUUGAACUUAGCACUUGCUAUCUACUUAACGUUUUGAGCACUGUUUGUUCACUGCUGAUCCUUUUUUUCAUUCUCUGAUUUGAGUUUGCCUGUGAUGAAAUCUACACUUCAUUUUUUCAGAUUGUCAUUUAAAAAAUUUAAAGGAACCCACAGACAAUUUAUGGGUAUUAGGCAAGGCACAGUGGUUUGCUCCUGUGCUUAAAAAAGUUCCUGUGUAAUUGGAAGAGUUGCAGAAUGGCACAUGUGGGCAGAUGUUCAUAUUUUUAAACCAGUGCCUGUUUUAUCCUACUGUACAGAACUAUGUCAGGUCUUUGAUCUGCAGUUACAAAAGUACUGUAACACAUAACCAGGGCUUUCUGACAUUCAGAUUGACUCAGAUUGAUUCAGAUCGACUAAUUCUGGAAAGUGUUAACAACGUUGAGUUUUUAAAGUUCUCAUGGAUAUCUUGGCAGCAUGCUAUUUUAAGAGUUGGCUUUUGAAGUAUGUCAUGCACUUAGUGGGACAACUGAAAGCUUCUUAGAUGCAAAGAAAAUGCUUGCACUGAAGUAUCUUAAGUUACAGUUUGUUUAUUAUUAAAUACUUUUUGAUUUUACAAGAAACUGUAAGACAAAUAUGAAUGUGUUCUUUUGAGAAGCAGUUACUGUAUUUUGAUUUGAAUAACUUACUAUUUUAUAGUUCACAGCCGUAAACCACAAAGAGACCAGUUCAUGCUGAAGUGGCAAAAUGAAAUGUGAUCCAGCUUGUAAAUUGAUCAUUGUUUCAAUAAAGAACUUGCACAGAAUAUGCUGAGUUUGUACACACUCAACAUGAUUAUAGUUUCCUCAAAAGAGUAUGCUUCCAGCUUAAGUGGAAGGGAACUACAUCUUUCAUGGUGCAUCUGCUGAUAUUCCAGAAACUCAGAUCAGGAGAAACAGUUAUUUAGCUACAAAGGAAGUUUUAAUAAACCUCUGACAGGAAGCUGCUGUCAUUUUUCAGAA